AUUGAGUUGCGCUGAGACAUGUCAUUCGUCUGGAGUGACCAUGUUCCCGGCCGGCCCCCAACGAGGCGGUUUCUGGCAAUUUCAGUUGCCGCUGUGUCUUGUCUCUUUGGCGCCCUUUCCCGAGAGCCUGAUUUCCCUGGGUUAGAAUUGAUAAACCCCGCCUCCCGGUCUCUCAGUGAUCCAUAAGCCCCUGUUGUUUCCCUCCAGAUUACGGAACCCAACCUCCUGCGAACUCUGGCCUGGCUCUGUCCCUGUGCUUCGUUCACACAGCCAGCAAUGGAGCGUUGGUCUGCCUUGAUACGACUCGGGCCCAGUUCUAAAGAGGACUUACGGGUCACUAUCCGCCUGCAGGUUUGGCACUACAGCGAGCGGGGACGAUGCCCCGAGUUCAACAAGGGGCUUGCCCGUCUGUUCUCCCCCAAGGCUCUCGGGAACCUGAAACACUGGAUUCCUCACCCGGCUAAAGUGGUCGAACCCGAUGAUAUCUCGAUUCGAGAUGACUACGUCCCAGUGGAGGUCGACUUUGUACACCGCGUCGCCACGUACAACAACCCUCAGGGGAAUCCCGAGUCUGGGGCUCGUGAUGUCUUCAAGAAAUUCGCUCCACCGAUCGUAUACGAUUACUUCGUCUCCAAAAUACAAAGCCCACCUCACGCGAUGAAUAUCUACGCAGUUGCCAACGGUGACGAGGUGACAGAGGAGCACAUCAAGAUGAAGUAUGCGCAUAGCUUCUUCUUCAUUCCGCUGGAGCUUCGGCUCGAGCGGUUUAUCAAACCCGCUAUGGUCUGCCAGGAGGACACCAUAAUGAACAUAUUGCGGGUAGGGGCCGACUCUCUCCCUACAUUAGGGUCGUUGCUCCUCACGUACAUGGCUUACCAGGGCGCAACAAUCCCAGAGGGAACAGAUUUUCACGCUAUUUCCGAGACGGCUUUGAGACAGCUUUCGUCCGAACUGCCCUGGUUGAACGAUAUGCUCGACAAUUUGAAGAACAGGGAUGAGGAUGGCACAUCUGAGAACACACCCACUAGUAGCGGGCCCCUCGUUCUCUUGGGUAAUGCAUCAACCUCAUUUGAAAAGCUCCGUGAACUCGCCGGUGGGCUGGAACCCAGACUCAAAAAAUUAUCAAAUGGAGAGGGUCUCACUAAUCAAGGGAUCGUCAGAACGAUACUUGACCUGCGCCAGGCUACAAUUCAUCUCUCUGAGUACAACCACGCCAUGGUGAGCUUCAAUGGCGAGGAAAUCAGCAAGUGGAAUGCAAAAGCCAGCCGUCAUGAAGAGUUGUUCUACAGGGCAGGGUUCGCUACGCUCGGGUGCACAGUACUUGCCGCCCUAGCUUUUUGGAAACCAGAGCUCGCCAACCUUCUCGCCACUACACUAACCAAAGGCCUUGGGCUGAAUGAUGUUGCUGGCUCAGCCGGAGGCCAGAUUGUCGGGGUGGGAGGUGCUGCUAUGUCAGGCCUUAGCACAAUCUAUCAGUACCAGGAGAAGAGCAAAGCGCUUGCCGCGCUUGGUGAUGCUCAGAAUAGGGUUAGUGCCGGCCGGGUCGCCCUGCAAAGAGUCCUCGUGGCUCUCCGUCAGACCCAGGCCACACUGGCAUUGGUUUACAUUGUGCAGGUGAUGCGACAGCCCAUCACAUGUAUGGGAGAUGAAGAGCUAGAGAGGGCGGUUAAGAUGCUAGGGGGCGACUUGCAGUAUCUGCAGGACGCAACCUAUAGCCAGACCCUUAUACAGGACAGAUUGGACAAUCUAGUGCAAGCAAGUAUCGACCUGGAUAAUGAGUACCAGAGAACCAUGGUUGCCAUGAAUGUUGUGAUGGACACAGUGGGAAGGGUGGUUGACUAAAGCAGCAGGAUCCGAGUCGGUACUAGGAGAUUGAUUGUUGUUGACUACCUUACUUGUAAGGGCUUUCGUAAAUUUAUUCAACUAGUAGGGUAUUUGCAAGUUGACUUGAGUUUGUAACAAUAACUAAGCCCUUUAAGGCUAUGAAAUAACUCUAGG